AUGGCCAAGCUUGGUCACCCUCUUGGCGAAGUGAAUCUCACCAAGGCAGCUGCAUCCGAGGGAAUCAUUCAGAUGAUUUCUACCGACGCCAGCUGCGGCCUGGAGGAAAUAUUCGCAGCCAGUAGGGAUAAGCAGCCAUUAUUCUACCAAGUUUACCUAGACAAGGACCGCGAAAAGUCCGCGCAAAAUAUCCAGAUGGCUGAUCGUCUUGGCGCAAGAGCUAUUGUUCUUACGGUCGAUGUCAUGCGGCAAUCGAAGCGAACACUUGAUGUUCGAGAGAAGCAUCUUGCAAAUCCGACUCCUAGGGACUCGAACUCUUUGAAGAGUCCAUCAGCCUCCAGAUCGAAAGGCAUAUCCGAGUCCAUUGCGGGAUCCCACGACUUCAACCUAAGCUGGAAAGACGUUGAUUUCAUCCGAUCAAACCACGGCGGCCGACAAGCUGACUGUGCGCCUGCACCAAUAGAUGUGCUUUAUGAGCUUCGGGUUCUACGACCAGACUUAUUCGACAAGAUCGAGGUUAUGAUUGAUGGAGGUUUCUGUUCUGGCGCCGAUGUCGUCAAGGCACUGGCCCUCGGUGCCAAGGCUGUUGGCCUUGGAAGGCCCUUCUUGUAUGCCAACGGUACACACGGCGAAGAAGGCGUUUCCAGGAUAUUGCAGAGUAAGUGA